AUGGCUAUUAAGCAGAUCCUGCGUCGUUCUCUUUCAAAAGGGAAAGAAAGGCCUUCCAUGUCUCCUAAGGUUCCAAAAGGGCAUUUUGCGGUGUACGUUGGAGAAGAGCAAAAGAGGAGGUUUGUGGUGCCUAUAGCUUUCCUAUACGUGCCUGAAUUCCAAGAGUUGCUGGGCAUGGCUGAGCAAGAAUUUGGGUUUGAUCAUCCGAUGGGUGGCCUCACAAUUCCUUGCAGAGAAGAUACCUUCAUCAAUCUCACUUCUCGCUUCGCACCAUAUUCAAGUGGCAGAACGUGGGAUGAGAACGAUGCCAAGCAGUUUGCUGCGCAAUCUUCGAGAGAUUUCAUGGUUGAAGCAUUCGUCUGGGUGGAGAAGAAUACUUGUAAGUUUCAUUGA